AUGAGUCCCAUUCAAGCUCCCGUGGCCCAGGCGGUCACUGUCAGUCUCAAGGAACUAGAAAAUGGAACCGUCUCCUUCGACACCCUCACCGAGGCAUUUGGUCCCUCUUCCCUGGGCAUCAUCAUCGUGAAAGACCUGCCUCGAGAGUUUGUCCAACUUCGUGCCCAGACUCUGUCGCACGCAUCCUAUCUCGCAGCCCUUCCAAAGUCGGAUCUAGAAUCCCUCGAAAGCCCCGAAUCCAACUAUCUGGUCGGCUGGUCCUGUGGCAAAGAAACUCUCAAAUCAGGAACCUUCGACACCCUCAAGGGCUCCUACUACGUCAACUGCGCCUUCUACCAAGACGCCGCUCUGCAAAACGCCCCCGCCGACGGCUUCCCCGAUGUACCCCAGUACACGGCGCCAAACAUCUGGCCUCCAGAGCGCAAACUGCCCAGUUUCAGACCCAGCGUAGAAGCCCUCUGCUCGCUGAUCAUUGACACCGCUGCACUGGUAGCGAAGGCAUGCGAUCGCUACGCCGAGGCAAACAUCGACGGCUACAAGCCGGGUUAUCUAGCGCACGUCGUCAAGACCAGUCUCACGACAAAGGCCCGACUGUUGCAUUACUUCCCCGCAGAGCCAUCGUCGUCUACACAGGGGAGCGACGAUGCUACACCCGAGGAGGAGGAUGACGACUGGUGCGCCACACACGUCGACCACGGCUGUCUAACGGGCCUCACAUCGGCCAUGUUCCUCGACGAAGCAUCCACCCUCCCUAUCCCGGAUCCGACGCCAACAACCUCCCUUCCCGAACUACCCCAAUCCCCCGAUCCGUCUGCCGGUCUGUACAUCCGCUCGCGCACGGGCACGGUCGUCAAGGUGAACAUCCCCCGGGACUGCCUUGCGUUCCAGACUGGGGAGGCGCUGCAGCUUAUUACCAAGGGGAAGUUUAGGGCGGUGCCGCAUUUUGUGAAGGGGGCUAAGUGUGUGGGUGGGAAAGAGAGAAUUGCUAGGAAUACGUUGGCGGUCUUUACGCAGCCGAAUCUUGGGGAGGAGGUGCAGGAGGGAUUGACUUUUGCGGAGUUUGCGAGGGGGGUUGUUGCGAAGAAUUAUUAG